CCUGCUUUGCGCUAGACUGUUAUCACUAAUCACGGUCAUUGCGAUAGUUGGCCCGCCAUCAUGGAUAAGCCUUUCCGAAAUUGAGAAAAAGAAAACAACCCAAGCAAGAAUCCUUCGCCCGCUGCAUAUCGCCUGUUUAUUUUAUUUGCUUUCCCGUUUUUAACGCAUGUAAACCAUUUUUUCGUGCACAACGGGCUGUGAAAAGGUCCAGUACGUGCAAACCAUCGGCCAGUAGCUAUCGAAAGAAGAUCGCUCGUCACUAAAUAAGUUAAUUAAAUUCCACAAAAUUGCGUUGUACUUUGGGAUUUGUUCGUUGUUGAAAUUUACCAAAUAAAAAACAACAUUCAAAUAGUUCAACGUGUUAACAACGUGGAAAUCGCACGAAAUCGAGGAAAUUGUCCCAGAAGUUGGCGGCAGUUUGUGCGUGCAGCAUUUUUGGGCAAAACUACAUCGCUCACAGUUUUUUGUUCGCAAGCGCGUUUUCGCAAUAACAACAACAACGACGGUACACACACACGCAGCAAAAAACGUGCUGAAGUUCGCAUUUCUUGUUGUUGCAUAAAUUUUGGAGCAAUAAUUAGAAGGAUGCCAAAGCGAGGCGGUGGAGGCGGCGGCGGUGGCCAGCGGUACAACAACAACGUCGGCAAUGGCGGCGGACGUUACUCGGCUCUCGAGGAUUUCGAUGAUGUGGAGGAUCGCCAGCGGCGCAAGGAUCGCAAUAAGCGGCGCGUCAGCUUCAAGCCCUCACAAUUUCCACACAACAAAAAGGACAUUAAACUGCGACCCGAAGAUUUGCGUCGUUGGGACGAGGAUGAUGACAUGAGCGACAUGACCACGACCGUCAAGCAGGAUAGACCCACCUCCCGACGCCGAGGAUCGCCCAUUCCGCGCGGCAAGUUCGGCAAACUAAUGCCCAACAGCUUUGGCUGGUACCAAGUCACGUUACAAAAUGCCCAGAUAUACGAAAAGGAAACACUUUUGCGUGCCCUAUUGGCGGCGAUGUCGCCACAUGUCUUCAUACCGCAAUAUUGGCGUGUGGAGCGAAACUGCGUGAUCUUCUUCACGGACGACUACGAGGUGGCCGAACGCAUCCAACAUCUGGGCAGGCAUGCCCAUCUUCCAGAUGGCUAUCGGCUGAUGCCACGUGUGCGCAGCGGCAUACCCCUGGUGGCCAUCGAUGAUGCCUUCAAGGAGAAGAUGAAGGUUACCAUGGCCAAGCGUUACAAUGUGCAAACCAAGGCGCUGGAUCUUUCCCGGUUCCAUGCCGAUCCCGAUCUUAGGCCGAUUUUCUGCCCACUUUUCCGUCAGAACGUGAUGAGCGCCGCCAUUGACAUUAUCUGCGACAAUAUACCCGACUUGGAGGCCAUUAACCUAAAUGAAAACUCCAUGUCCAGCAUGGAGGCGUUCAAGAAUGUGGAGAAACGCAUACCGAACCUCAAGAUUCUCUAUUUGGGUGAUAACAAGAUACCAUCUUUGGCCCACCUUGUUGUGUUUCGCAACCUGUCCAUCUUGGAACUUGUUUUAAAGAACAAUCCCUGCCGUUCCCGCUACAAGGAUACCCAGCACUUUAUCAGCGAAGUACGCCGCAAGUUCCCCAAACUGGUGAAGUUGGACGGAGAGACCCUGGCGCCGCAGGUCACAUUUGAUUUAAACGAGCAGGGUCGUCUUCUCGAAACGAAGGCCUCCUAUCUGUGCGACGUCGCUGGCGCCGAGGUGGUGCGCCAGUUCUUGGACCAGUACUUUCGCAUAUUCGACUCGGAAAAUCGGCAAUCUCUGCUAGAUGCCUACCAUGAGAACGCGAUGCUCUCCAUAUCAAUGCCAUCGGCCAGUCAGGCGGGCAGGUUGAACAGCUUCUGGAAGUUUAAUCGCAAUCUCCGGCGUUUGAUAAACGGCGAUGAGAUUCGCACCCGAAACUUGAGGUACGGACGCCUGGCCUGUGUUUCCACUUUGGAUGAAUGGCCAAAAACGCAGCACGAGCGUCAGACCUUCACCGUCGACCUGACCAUCUACAAUACGUCAAUGAUGGUUUUCACCGUGACGGGAUUGUUCAAGGAGCUGAAUGGCGAGGCCAGCAAUCCAGGCUCAAUGCAAUUGUAUGACCUGCGCCACUUUGCCCGCACCUACGUGGUGGUGCCGCAGAAUACUGGCUUUUGUAUCCGCAAUGAGACGAUCUUCAUCACAAACGCCACGCAUGAACAGCUGCGAGAGUUCAAGCGAUCGCAGCACCAGGCGGCUCCAGGAACUAUGCCCUCCACUUCCACUGCGGUGACCAGUCCGCAAGCCGGGACAACGACGGGGCUACAGGGUCGACUGAAUCCGGUGGGCGUGGCGACUGGACCGGUGGCUAUACUACCAGGAGAUCCGCUGGCGUCCACCGCACCGGUGAACAGCGGCAGUGCCGCCAUAUCGGCCACGGCAGUGGCACCUGGCAGCGCCCAGGAUGAAAACACCAAAAUGCAAAUGAUCCAAGCCAUGUGCACGCAUAGCCAAAUGAAUGUGAUCUGGAGUCGCAAAUGCCUGGAGGAAACGAAUUGGGACUAUAACCAUGCCGCCUUUGUGUUCGAGCAAUUAUUCAAGGAAAACAAAAUACCGCCCGAGGCAUUUGUGAAGUAGGAGUUGCUGCUGCUGCCGCUCCCAUAGGACACAGCCAAAGUGCCACAUACACAAAAUUUCCUUUAUUUGUUUUCAUUUUGUAAUUACAUUUUACAAUUAUUCCUUGAGUCACCUUUAAAUUGUAGUAAGCUGCGGAGUUGUGUGCACAUGCGGGCAGUAGCGAUUGUGAUCCCAGCACUGCGGGCAAUGUGCCACAACGAUCACAGUCCUCUGAUAGUUAUAUUUAAUUUCCUUUAAGUUCCGCCCGCAGACCCGCUGGUCCACAUUGAAGCCAGGACGAGUCUGCGAACGGUUGCCUCUUUAGAAUUUAGAGUUGUUUUAGAUUCCUAAGCACACACAACACGAGCACACCCUAAGUUCUUAAUACAACAAUGUUAUCAAAACGAAAAAAACCCAAUUAUUAUUUAAACAUAUACGACGAUACCCAAACCAAGGCGAUAAUCGGAAUGCAUUGGUCGCGCCAAUUAUGCUUUAUACCCGCUUUCCCAGGUCCUCGACUUGCCUUAAAUUUUGUAUAGAAAGACACUCGAAUAAAAGAAAGAUGUUGUUAAUUAGAGAUCUUGGGCGAGCAACAACAAUGACCACUGUAUAAAUUUUCUAACGACUCGGAAAGCAACAUUAACUUUACUCCUUAAUAGCAAAAAUGAAAAUUUAUAAUUCACACUCAGCUGUAAGUUUAUAUUUAUAUGUUCGGUAUAUAGGAAUUAUAUACAUUAAGGCUUAACUGUAAAAUCAUAAAUAAAUUUAUUAGAAUCGAA